GGGGUUUAGUCGUCAACGCGCAAUAUCUAAUAAACGCCUGUGGCGCUUUCUGAGGCGGUGUGUUUAAAUAUGAACCCAUUUCCAAAGUUACUGGAAGGCUGUCUCAUUGACACAAAACAUGUCGAGUCCGCGGCGGUAUUUGUGGCGAAAACUGGCGAUGUAACGGCCGCGUCCAACUUCACAGUCUGUCCGGAAGAAACGCAGGUGUUUCUAGACGCAUUCAAGCACGUGCAUGUAACGAGGCAGAGAGGACUCGACUUCAGGAACAAACACUACACCUGUGCGCGCGCUGACAAACACUCCAUAUACGCGAAACGCGAAGGGCGUGGCCUGAUAUUGGUGAGAACUGCACUGUAUGUGAUUGUUGCCACAUAUUCACAGAGCAUGCAUCCAAGCAUCUGCGUGGAAGCCGUUGAGAAGCUAGCCGACUAUCUGCGUGAAAAGGGAAACUGAAGCUCAUCGUAUCAGACCCCGAAGAGGUAAAGAAUCCAUUCAGCGCUGUUUCAGUACGGCCGGGACAAACGGGAAACAUAAAAAGCAUGUUUUUGGAUUCAUGUAAUGGGAUUUUAAUUUACACAUCGAGAUUUGGCAUCUUAAAAUAUACACACAACCAUAGUUUUACAUCUGAACACUGAACAUAAUGACACACCGAACUCAACUGCCACAACUUAGGCAACAAGAUCUUUCACAGAAAGAAGAUAAAAAACAAUAGACUGCAAAACAGAACAAAACCUAUUGCAACUGUAAGUUAGUGGUGUUACCAUUCGUUUAAACAGAGAAUAUGUUACACAGUCUUACAUUAUUCAGCUUUUUUUGUUUUAGCAUAAUAAAUCUUAAUGAGUUGAAGAUGUUUAAGUUUUGUAAGACAGGUAGACAGAGCAGAAACAAUCUAUAAUGUUUGACCUGAUCAUUCACAGUGUUGAAGUUUGUAGCAGUCAUCUGUCAUUAUAAUAAGCUCGUAUCAACUGAACCAAUUAGAGAUCAGUCUAAUUUGCAUUUUCAUGUUGCACACGUGUAUAUUUUAUACUUUGUUUUUUUUCAUCGCAGAACAAUAACACGGUUACAUUUAAAAUACACAGUUCUUCCGAAUCAAUCCUUAAAGCCCAUUCGUCAUUCAUGCAUCACAUCAGUGCUUAUUUAAUGUGCUCCUUGAUAACCAUGAGAAACCACAGACUUGAGAAUAAGCAGGAGCUUGUCCGUUUACCCAUCACGCAAACCUAUUCAUUUACCAGAGCCCUGUUUCGGUGUAUAUAUAUUUUAGUGCUUUCGUAAUACACAGUUCAUCCUUUAAUAAGACAGAAACCAUAAACACAUUUGCGUAAAGGUGUUGGUGUUGAUCGAAUAUUUAAAAAAAUAAAAUUAACAUAAUAAUAGUAUGCACCGUCAGUCAGUAGAUUUUAUAUUCUUAAUUACUGAAAUAAGCAUGAAUUCUCAGGUGUGUGUAUAUGUUUUAUGAAAAUGAGCACGAUGUAAAUAUGACAUUAAUAUGAAGGAAUUAAUACAGGUAGGAAAUACUUCAUGACCUGAGUGUUCUUUGCAUUGUUGUUUGCUUUUGUUUAGUUUCUGUUUUUCUUUAAACCUGUAACGAAAUCAAUUACUGCAUGAUUCAUAUUCGCUGUUAUGAACUUCACAUAAAAUACACACAAAUAAUAAGGAAUGCAAGGUUUUCACACAAUAAUAAGCAUUUGGCAAAAUGUAAAGUGUGUGUGUGGUAUGAAGGUGUCCAGGAUGGCACAAUUAAGAUCGAUCCAAUUGUGCUUGUUUUGAUUUUAAGGAAAUGGAGUAGUAAAAUAAUUUAGGGAUAAAAUGUUUUUUUUAUGAAAGGUCACUUGAAGUUUUAAAAGACUACCUUGUCUAAAUCACCUGAGAGAUACUAAUGCUGGCUUUAUACCUACAUCUGAGUUUAUUUAUCAUUAUUUUUUAAUUUGAUGAAAGCUUUACAUUUCUCUCUGCAUGUUUUAUGACAAAUGCUCAAAAAACCUUUUAUACUAUGUACUAAAAUAACUGUAUUCCCUCAUAUAUAUCUUUACAACCUUGGACAAAGCCAACAGACAGCUUUUUUUUUAAUAGCGUAAUGUAAUUGCCUUGUUCGUUAUGAAUAAUGCUUUUGGCACUUUAACCGUAACCUCAUCAAUAAACAGACAAAU